AAACAGCAGCCAGGAUGUUCUCUCUCGCUUGCACGGGAAGUUUAAUUAUCAGCUGAUCGUGGUGUUUUGGAUGGAAGUUGAAUUUGGCAAGGAGGGGGCUCUUUCUUGGUCAUCUUAAGCAAACAUUAAACGUCAGCGAUACCAGAAAAUAGAGGCGCACGAAACAGAGCCCCAUUCCCAACGAUCGAAAGGGAAGAACCCGGAAAAAUCCGCGUUAUUAUGAACUGACGAUGAUAACAAUCGGUGGUCUGCCUGCUUGCUGCUGUUGAAUCAUCGCAAAGAAAGAAAACAACGUCAGGCGAGGCUCGUGCGAGUCAGUGAUAGUCUGAUAUGUGUGUGUUUGCUGAUCUAGACUAACCCACUGCGACAUCCACUUGACUUUGUCAAAACUCGUUUAAGGUUCUUGUAAUGUAACGUUUGCUGUCCGGACAAGGCAUUUUCUUUGUUUGUUGUAAUAAACGAUUUAUGCGAUUCGGGAGAACCUUAAAAGUCAUUUCAGAGUCUUUUUUAUUUUCCAAAACAUAAAGUAGUUUAUUGGCUGGACGCCUGCAUAUGGAUUGCAAGUGAAUUAUCUGUCUUUUAUUAAUUCAUGCUUCCUGACAUCAGUUUGCUGUGACUGACACAAUUUACUAGUAAUUUAUUAUACUAUUAUAUUGACUUUUUAUACGUAACAAGUGUGUGUCAAUUCGUUUUUUUAUAGUGUUAUUUAUAAGCAUGGUGACAGUGGAAUGCACAGAUAGCUGGAUUGCAACACUCGUGUUUUGACACAUCUUACGUCACGGGAUCGCGUGUUGUUGUACUGUUUAAACUUUACGGGACAUUCAAAGUGUGUGCUUUCUCAACGUAGUACUUGCAUUUAACUUCAUACUAAAGAAAGGCCGAUUUGUCGAUUUCACGGUGGAUUAUUCACGAUUCCUCGAGAGGGAAGACUCAGAUCUGGCACAGUCAGACAUCCUCGUUGAUAUCCCCAAUUUCUCCCUGCCAAUGCUGGACCUUGAGGUCGUUCCUGAGCGAUCUUUGGGAAAUGAACAAUGGGAAUUCGCAUUAGGGAUGCCAUUGGCCCAGGCCAUUUCCAUAUUACAGAAACACUGCCGAAUCAUCAAAAAUGUCCAGGUGCUCUACAGCGAACAAAUGCCACUCAGCCAUGACCUCAUUCUCAACUUGACUCAGGAUGGAAUUAAACUGCUGUUUGACGCCUGCAAUCAGAGACUGAAGGUAAUUGAAGUGUACGAUUUGAGCAAAGUGAAACUGAAAUACUGUGGAGUACAUUUUAACUCUCAGGCAAUAGCACCCACUAUUGAGCAGAUUGAUCAGUCUUUUGGCGCUACUCAUCCAGGAGUCUACAAUGCUGCCGAGCAGCUCUUCCACCUGAACUUCCGAGGGCUUUCAUUCUCCUUCCAGUUGGAUUCAUGGAGCGAGGGACCUAAAUAUGAGCCUAACUUUGCCCAUGGCUUGGCCUCCCUGCAGAUUCCUCAUGGGGCCACAGUCAAACGGAUGUACAUUUACUCUGGAAACAACCUUCAAGAAACCAAGGCCCCUGUGAUGCCGCUGGCCUGUUUCCUUGGUAACAUUUACGCAGAAUGUGUGGAGGUUCUGAGGGACGGGGCAGGACCGCUGGGACUCAAACUUCGUCUCCACACUGCAGGAUGUGGCCUAGGAGUGAUGGCUGACGCAAAAGUGCGGACCUUUGAGAGAAAUAUCUACUUCGGAGAUUCUUGCCAAGAUGUUUUGAGUGCUCUUGGUUCUCCACAUAAGAUCUUCUACAAAUCAGAGGACAAGAUGAAGAUCCAUUCACCUUCUCCUCACAAGCAAGUCCCGUCCAAAUGUAAUGACUACUACUUUAACUAUUAUACAUUGGGAGUGGAUAUACUGUUUGACUCUACAACCCACCUGGUGAAGAAAUUUGUCCUUCAUACCAACUUCCCCGGUCAUUAUAACUUCAACAUUUAUCAUCGAUGUGAUUUUAGGAUUCCCCUUAUCAUUAAAAAAGAUGGGGCAGAUGCUCAGAGUGAGGACUGCAUUCUGACCACCUACAGCAAAUGGGAUCAGAUUCAAGAGUUACUAGGACACCCUAUGGAAAAACCAGUUGUGCUGCACAGGUCUUCAUCAGCAAACAAUACCAAUCCUUUUGGUUCCACGUUUUGUUUUGGACUACAGAGGAUGAUAUUUGAGGUCAUGCAGAAUAACCACAUCGCUUCUGUGACUCUGUACGGAGCAUCUCGCCCCAGCAGCCUGGCUUCUCGUGCCGAACAAAGCGCUCACUGAAGAAGCAGUCCACCCCAUAAAACUUCUGAACUGACCAGUAGAGUGUGCCUUCACUCACUGCUGCCAUCACGCAAGCAAGACAUUCUGGGAGUUUCUUUGGAGUUUCCUGAACUCGCCCCCUUCCCCACACAUUAAAGAGGCCACAGAUCCAUCUCCAUAUUAAGAGCAUGGAGGAAAGCCUGGCUCCGCCUCCGAAGCUGUAACCCAGACAUGCAUCAGUGUCAGCAUCGACAUAGUACUUGUGGAUGCACAGUGAUACAUUUGUUGAUUUGAUCUUCAUGCAUAGUCACAGCAUUUGUUGCCUGUGCAUAUAUCGGUUGAAAAUUCUAUACCAGAUGCACCAAAGGACAUAGAUUGAAUCGUUUUCUCUUCUGCACACCCUGAAAUGCAGAGGAUCCACAAGGCAAACGUAGACAGAAGCGUUUAUAGCAGUAAUUUGUAUGCAUAUGAUCUGUCUAAGAUUACAAGCACAAGCUAACGCAGUUUGAAAGUGUGCCGUUGGGUUCAGUGCCCUGGACAUGUUCUUUGGAGUCAUGAGCAGGCAUACUGUCACACUCAAAAAGAUUCAUAAACUCAUAGCAUUUCAUACCAAGUCAGCAGCACAGAUUACCUCCCAUUUCAAUGCUAUACAUUAAUGUCAUUGUUCUGUUUUUAAUGUUUUAAGCAACAAGAGCGCAUUGGUUUUUAACAUUUGCACUAAAAUACACCUAAUGUACUUGAUAAUUGUCUCUUAUCCACUGAGGAACGUUUUAAUUGCAGAGUUUAACAGCGAAUGGAUGGCGGGGGAGGAAAGGAGGACGUGCAAGCUAUUGACUGAACAGAAAAGCCAUCAUCCAUCCUCUGUCAUUCAGUUCUCUGAAUUUCCUCCCUCCUCUACUUUUGUCCACAGUAGAAAAAUGUGAAGUUUAUUUUAUUCUUCAGUAUCUCAAAGUCUUAACUUCAGAAUUUGCUUUCUGAUUGCCAAAACGCUAGCCAAAGAUGAAACAGCUCUCCUUUUAAAUAUCAACAUAAGAACAUUCCCAAUUGAUUUGAUUUAUUCGGAGCCACGUCUUUGCUUUCUGCUCUGUGGUGUAUGCUGUUGCUGUUUCUUUAGCGGGUAGGCAUGACGCUUUCUGCAGCACUCUGUUGGUGUGUCUAUAUCUGUACAGAUCUGUAAAUAGCGUGCAAAUUUUCUUUUUUCAUUGGUUUCUAUAACAUAUUGGAUCUGACUUAAAAUUCUGUUCCAGUCCAGCUUAACCUCUCCAAAGUUUCCACCACUGUUGUUCUAAAUGGAACGUCUUAUACUCAACCACUAGGAGAUAAUCAGAAAAACAUAAUAUAACAGAUUAUUAAGUAGAUGGUUUGUUGACCCUUUUUUUAAAGGGGUAGUCCACCCUGUCACCAUUUAUUCGCAUUCAAGUUGUUCCAAACCUGUAUAAAUUUCUCACAAUUUCUAGUUCUGGGACAUAAUUUACUACCAUAGUUGAAAAAAAUAUAUUGUUUUUUUGUUCUUUUGAACACAGAAUAAUAUAUUUUGAAGAUUUCAGGAAAGCAAACCGUUCUGGGGCACCUUUGACUUCCAUUUAAAUUCUUUGUACUGUGUAAGUCAAUGAUGUCCCAAAACUGAAAACUGCAAACAUACUUCCAAAUAUCUUUGUGUUCAGCAGAACAAAGUAAUUUAUAUAAGUUUGGAAAAACUUAAGGGUAAAUGAGUAAAUGAUGAUAGAAUUUUUGAGUGAACUAUCCCUUUAACAACUGUCCAUUGCUCCGGUGCCUAAACCUCAUGUUCUUUUACAUGAGUUAAAAGGUCUUUUAGUAUUUACAUAGCUAGCAGUGUUAGCUGUCAACCUUCAGUUAUGAUCAAAUCUCCUUUUGUGUCAUUCUAGCCUCCCUUCGGGCUUCUACAUUUAGUGUAUGCUGAAUAGGGCAUUUAGGUUUUCUGUUACAUUUACUUCUCAUAAACUGUGCUGGAAUGUGGUCGAUGAUGUUUUUCAAAUGUUCUACCUUUUGCUUUUAGUUAUUUAGUAAGAAAACGCUGUUAACACCGUGCCUCAUCUCCCACUGAGCCUAUCUUGACUUUUUCUCUGUAAAUUAAACCGUUUUAAAUGCUUUGUGUAUGUCUAAGCAUGUAAAGCUAAAUUGAUAAAUUGUUCUGAUCCUUUUGUUCUGAAAAAAAAUAACAUGCUAUUACAGUAAUUGUUAUAAAAAAAUACUCGUCGGGUUGAACUACUGUCAGGGAGGGCGUGUGUACUCUGUAUGUUCAAAUGUAUUGAAACUGAGAUGAUUCAAUGCUGUUCUGCAUAUUGUAUUAAAUGUUGCGAGAAAUUGAACUUGUAAUGAACAUGCGGACGACACUCUAUGAUUUGAGGUUCAAGCGUGGUUGUGGCGUUUCUAGAGAAAUACAACUUGCAAUUUGGAAAAAAAAGUUCAACUUUGAGGAGUUGAGGAUGAAGAUGCACAAUUACAAUCUCAACUAAUUGUUAACAAGAAGCGACACAACCAUUGAGUAUGUGUCAUUUAGGAAAUGUUACUGUGGAGGGGCGUGUGGUCUCCCCAAUCUCAGGCGGAUCUUUUUUAAUGCUUGGAGCAAGUGAAUGCUUAAUUUCAUCAAAUGGGUUUUGACUGUAUUGUUUUUUCUUCAGACUAACUAUUUUUGCAUCGGAAUAAACAAACAAUUGUCCUGAGGACUGUAUUAAGAAGUGGACAAACCCCAUACAUUGUAAUGCCCAUAUAAAUGAUGUUUAUUGUAUCCCUCUACUAUACUGAAUGUUUCUCCCCAUUCUUCGAAGUGAUAAUUUUUGUGUGGAUUCAGUACAUUAACCAUUUCUGGAAAUGGGACUUAUCCUCAAUUAAAAAGUGUGUUAUCUAAA